AUGUCAAGAUACUCCAUAAUGAGUGUCACCUUGUUCGUUCUCGUCCUGCUGCUGGUCACAACACCAGCACACUCCUUCGCUCACAUUAAUUCCCAACCUGCCGAAAGUAACCUAACCAUCGGGAACUUUAUCGACUUUAGUCAAUGGUUGGGUAUCGACUAUGGUCAACCGACGCUUCGCAAACGUUACGAUUACGUUAUAGUUGGUGCUGGUCCGGCUGGAAGUGUCCUUGCGACGCGACUCACAGAAGAUCCAACCGUUACGGUACUACUGCUUGAAGGUGGCCGUGCAGAGAUACCACUAGUGUCCACCGUCCCGCUCGGAGCUCCAAAUCUUCAAUCUACGGACUACAAUUUUGCCUACGAAACCGAGGUACAAAGCCGCGGAUGUCUUGGGCUCUGGGAUCGCAAGUGUAGCUGGCCGCAUGGCCGUGGUGUCGGUGGUUCGUCCAUCAUCAACUACAUGAUCUACACGCGGGGUAACCGGCGUGACUACGAUGCUUGGGCUGCGGCCGGCAAUCCGGGCUGGAGCUGGAAGGAGAUGUUGCCGUACCACAUCCGCUCAGAACGGGCGAACAUUCGAGACUUCGAUCGGAAUGGAUUCCACGGUCGGGACGGUCCACUUUCCGUCGAGGACUGUCCGUUUAGAUCAAAAAUAGCCACAACUUUCGUUGAAAGUGCACAGCAAGCCGGCUUUCCUUACCGUGACUACAAUGCCGGUGAACAAAUCGGAGUUUCUUUCCUUCAAGCCAAUACACUUCAGGGUCGACGUGUCACCAGUGGCAAUUCCUACCUCUACCCUGCCCGGAAGCGUCCCAAUCUGCACAUCCUCACCCGCGCUUGGGUGACAAAGGUGCUCAUCAAUAAGGCAACCAAAGAAGCGACGGGUGUAGUUUUCUUACGAGAUGGUAAAACAAAAUCAGUAAAAGCUCGCAAGGAAGUUAUUCUUUCGGCGGGAGCGUUUGAAAGCGCCAAGCUACUGAUGCUGUCCGGGAUUGGUCCAGCGGAGCAUUUGGAAUCUUUGCGAGUUCCCGUGGUGCAGGAUUUACCGGUGGGCGAACUUCUUUACGAGCAUCCGGGGGUUUUUGGGCCGGUAUUUAUCGUACGCAAACCGAUCGAUGACUAUAUCACUUUGGAUGGAAAUAUCAACUUCAGCAACUUCAUCCAGUACUUGAAAGGGCGUGGCGUGUUCACUACCAACUCGGUGGAGAGUUUAAUGUACGUGAAGUCACCGGUAGCAGCUAGCCCAGAUCCAGGAUUACCCGACGUGGAAGUGAUGCAGGCGUUUUCUUCGAUUGACUUUGACACUGGCACUGGAACGCCACGGGCUUUCCGGUUAACGAACGCCACCUACGAUGGCUACUUCCGUCCGAUCAUGAACGUGCGAUCGUUCCAGUAUCUGCCGAUGCUUCUGAAACCUUACACGCGUGGCAAACUUCGACUAAAGUCCACCAAUCCCUUCCAUCAUCCUAUCUUCCAAUAUCGCUACUUCGAGGAUGAUCGCGACAUUGAGGCGCUCGUGUACGGUAUGCAGGAAGCGAUUCGGGUUACCUCCCAGGAACCGUUCCGGCGCAUUGGUGCUGAGCUGUACCGCAAGCAAGUCCCGGGAUGUGAGCAGCAUCCGUUCGGAACGCAUGCGUACUGGCGCUGUCACGUCAUGACCUUGACGGCAACCUUCCACCAUCAGGUAGCGACCUGCAAGAUGGGUCCUCCGAGCGAUCCGGAAGCGGUCGUAGAUCAUGAGUUGCGGGUGUACGGCAUGCGAAGGUUGCGGGUCGUCGACAUCGGCGUUGUCCCAUUCCCGUUCACAGCGCACACAUCCGCCAUUGCGUUUGUGAUCGGCGAAAAGGCUGCCGAUCUGGUACGGGAUGCUGCUCGCAAGGAUGACUACAGAAGCAGGGAAAAACACUCCACCCUAACACCAGCUCAAUUCAUCCCGUGGUCACCAUUCGAAUGGCCAUUCAAAUAA